AUGGCGCUUCCGGGCCGCCGGCGGUUACCAACAUCGCCUUUCCUCUCCCUCGUGAUUCUCCCGUUCUUGGUCUUCCUCAUCAGCUUUGCUGGACCAGCCGCUGCGGCUGGCUCGGCAGUUAUCGGACUAGAUGUCGGCACCGAAUACUUCAAAGCCGCAUUGGUGAAACCCGGAAUUCCACUUGAAAUUGUGCUUAGCAAGGACUCAAAGCGCAAGGAGUCGGCUGCCAUUGCAUUCAAGCCGACAAGAGAAAGUGAUGCUCCCUUUCCCGAACGUUUCUAUGGUGGUAAUGCGCUGGCAUUAGCAGCUCGGUAUCCGGACGACGUGUACAUCAACCUGAAGACUCUGUUGGGCGUUCCUUUCAAUGACGGAAAUGAUGAGACUCUCAAGAGCUACUGGAGCCGGUAUCCAGCCUUGAACCUCGAGACUGCCCCCAAUGGCCGUGGCUCCGUCGCAAUGCGCAGUAACCGUCUCGGAGAAGCGGAGAAAAAGGACGCGUUCCUGGUGGAGGAGAUUCUCGCCAUGCAAUUGAAGGAGGUCAAGGCCAAUGCAGAUGCACUGGCUGGCAAGGGAUCAGAUAUUCGGGACGUCGUCAUUACCUACCCCGCCUUCUACACCGCUGAAGAGAAACGGAGCCUCGCGCUAGCCGCUGACCUGGCCGGUCUGAAGAUCCAGGCUUUCAUCAGUGAUGGUCUGGCUGUUGGAUUGAAUUACGCUACUAGCCGUAAGUUCCCGAGUGUGUCUGAUGGAGAAAAACCCGAAUACCAUGUUGUUUUCGAUAUGGGUGCUGGGUCGACCACCGCCAGCGUGUUGCGUUUCCAGAGUCGUCAGGUCAAGGAUGUUGGAAAAUACAACAAGACUGUUCAAGAAAUUCAUGUUUUGGGAAGUGGCUGGGAUAGGACCCUUGGAGGUGACUCUCUGAACGAUCUGAUUGUCAACGAUAUGAUUGCCAAGCUGGUUGAAGAUAAGAAACUGAAGGACAAGGUCACACCGGAACAAGUCAAGGCCCACGGCAAGACCAUGUCCAGAUUGUGGAAGGAUGCUGAGAAAAUUCGCCAAGUACUAAGCGCAAACACAGAAACUUCAACUAGCUUUGAGGGACUUUACGACGAGGAUCUCAAUUUCAAGUACAAGAUCAGCCGCGCCAAUUUUGAAAAGAUGGCGGCUGAACAUGCGGCUCGUAUUGGGUCUCCUUUGGAACAGGCUUUGGAUUCUGCCAGCCUGAAGUUUGACGAUAUCGAUUCCGUUGUCCUUCAUGGUGGAGCUAUUCGGACACCCUUUGUCCAGAAGCAACUCGAGAAGAUCUGUGGCUCAUCUAAGAAGCUCCGCACCAAUGUCAACGCCGACGAGGCGGCUGUUUUUGGUGCUGCUUUUAAGGGUGCUGCACUCUCCCCUAGCUUCCGCGUCAAGGAUAUUCGCGCGAGCGAUGCGGCUACGUACCCGGUUGUUUUGAAAUGGGCUUCUGAUGGUAAGGAGCGGAGCCAGAAGCUUUUCACCUCCACGUCUCAGGUUGGCCCCGAGAAGCAAGUUACUGUCAAGAACCUUGAAGAUUUUGAAUUCAGCUUCUACCAACAGGUCGAAGAGAAUGGUCUACCUGUUCUGACCGUCCAGACCCAAAACCUGACAGCCUCCGUGAACAAGCUAAAGGAUACCCAUGGUUGCACGGCCAGCAACAUAACAACCAAGUUUGCAAUCCGCCUCAGUCCUGUGAACGGUCUUCCUGAAGUGACUAGCGGCGAUGUCAGCUGUGAAGUUGAGGUUGAGAAGAAGGGAAUCGUUGAGGAUGUCAAGGGGUUCUUUGGACUUGGUUCCAAGAAGGGUGAACAGCAGCCACUCGGUGAUGAGGAUGAGGCGAGCGAAUCGAUCACUCUCGAGCCCGAGGCGGAAUCUUCAACCACUUCAUCUGCCACUGAUACUUCUUCUACGACUGCUGCUACUACCAAGGAAAGCGCCAAGGCUAAUACCCAGACUAAACUUGAGACCAUUCCUAUUAGUCUUAAGUCGACUCCUCUUGGAACCCAGGCGCCUUCGGCCGCAGAACUUACUCGUAUUAAUUCCCGUCUCGCGGCUUUCGAUUCGUCGGAUCGUGAUCGAGUGCUACGUGAAGAGGCCUUGAAUGAGCUAGAGUCGUUCAUCUAUCGCAGCCGAGAUCUUAUUGAAACCGAAGAUUUCAUCAAGGCCGUUAAGAACGACCAGUUGACUACCUUGCAAGAGAAGGUUACUAAGGCCAGUGACUGGCUAUAUGAAGACAGCGACAAUGCCAAGACAGUCGACUUCCUGGCGAAGCUCAAGGAUUUGAAGUCUAUUGUCAAUCCGGCGCUGAAGCGGAUAAAAGAAUCUUCUUCUCGCCCCGCACGUAUCCAGCUUCUGCAGGACAUGCUCAAGAAUGCCGAGUCCAUGAAACAAUUGAUCGAGAGCCAGAUUGCCAACGAUGAAGAUAUUUAUUCUUCCUCGGUAUCAGCCUCGAGCACGUCAACCGCCACUGUCGAGGAUUCAGCGACCAGCUCUUCCUCUACUCCUACCCCUGCUACCUCUGGCGAUCCUUUGGAUGACCUUGACGACGAUUCAUAUUCCGCCACCACCACGUCUUCUACCAAGGCGGCCAAGCCAUCAGCUGCUGUCAAGCCCACCGGUCCAAAAUAUACAUUAUUUACUCCUUAUGACCUUGAAUCUCUCACGAAGGUUUAUGAGUCUACCAAACCCUGGCUUGAGACUCAGCUCGAGCUUCAAGAGAAGCUCACCGAGUCGGAUGAUCCCGUUCUCACCGUUGUAGAGAUUGAUUUCCGUCUGCGCGAGUUCGAGCGCAUAUUAAACCGCAUGUAUGAGCGAAUGACCGCCGCUGCUGGCCAGCAGGCCAAGAGCAGCGGCAAGAAGCCCAAGAAAGAUGGCAAGGACAAGCCGUCAGAGAAGAAGAGCAAGGGCAAGGAGACGCCUCAAGACGAUACUAAGAAGGAUGAGCUGUAA